UUUUUUCUUUCCUUUUGUGCAAGAAAUCUACCAUAUUUAAUUGCUUCAAAGUUAUCAGUCAGAGGAAGAUGCACCUUGUAAAUAUAUAAAGAUGGUAGUUAUUGCUGGUGGGCGAUUUCGGCAGAAACAAAGAAGGAAAGAAAGAACAGAAACGUGAGGUGAUUAAAUAUGGGCUGAUUCCAUUAAUUAGCAUGGUUGAACAAGAACAGUAUCACCUAAAAAUUCAACGAAAAUAUUGAACUUGAGAAACCUUCCACCCAACCCAACCACCAGGGGUAGUAGAGAAACUCCACUGUCUUUUCCUUUCCACUUUAUAUAAACAAAAUAAAGAAUAAAAUAAUUCAAAGUCGAAGGAAGCAAGCGUUUGAGCAAAGUUCAACAGCCUUCCUCUUGGACUUUACUUCAACUUUUUUUUUCAGUCACUUCUUCCCAAAACAAAAAAAAAAAAAAUACAUGGCGCUUUCGCUUUGCUCUCCGAGAUUCCUUAUUUUCAUCUUCCUCGUAUCGGCAAUUCCCGUCGCUUACAUCAUCUCCGUAGAACGUGCCAAGCCUCCCACCCACGUUUUCCACUACCACAGCUCCGGAUUUUUCCGGGAGUGCGCCAAGUGGGACGACCAGGGCCGUCGGUUCCUCGUUUCUUUCUUGGAAGGUGGCGUCGGUGCGAUCCACGUCCCGGAAGAUUACUCACCCGACCUCGUACUGAACGAGGUCACAGUGGUCAAAGACGUUGACUUGACCGGAAAUGCUUCCCUCGGCAUCGCCGUUGACCGCCCCAGAAACCGGCUGCUUGUGGUUGUAGCCGACUUGCUCGGCAAUCGGUACAGCGCACUUGCGGCUUAUGAUUUGUCCACGUGGAAGCGGCUCUUUCUUGCCCAGCUCAGUGGCCCUAGUGAUGAGAAAUCCUUUGCGGAUGAUGUUGCAGUAGAUGCUGAAGGUAAUGCAUAUGUAACCGAUGCCAAAGCCAGUAAAAUUUGGAAAGUUGGUGUCCAUGGUGAGUUAUUGUCUAUCCUCAGAAGCCCACUCUUCUCUCCAAAAGAGUGGUACAAAAGCUUGGUUGCAUUGAACGGAAUCGUUUACCACCCAGAUGGCUACUUGAUAGUAAUUCACACUUUCAGUGGCAAUUUGCUUAAGAUUGAUCUAACCAAGGGAGAGGAAGUGAAGUUGAUUGAGGUUGCUGGAGGUCCACUAGCAUUUGGUGAUGGUCUGGAGCUAAUUUCUCCAACUAAGCUUGUUGUAGCCGGGAACCCUUCUGGGAGAUUGGUGGAGAGCUCUGAUGGAUGGGAGACGGCUUCUGUCGUGGCAAAGUUUAAAGGCCCUGCGCAUCGUUUGGCCACUGCGGCGACUGUGAAAGAUGGCAAGGUUUAUCUCAACCAUUUGGUUGGCAUGGGGUACCCCAAGAAGACACAUGCCCUUGUUGAGGCUGUCUUUUAAACUUGAAAAUGAACAAGCGAAUUGGUGCAUGAACUCGCAGUUUUACAGGAUAUAUUUAAUCAAAUUUUCAUGUUUCAAAAAAUUGUUGGUUACGGGGUUUUAACUUUGUAUAUAUCACAAAAUGAAAACUCCUUGCUAGGUUUUUUGAAUGAAAAUUGGUCUUUCUUUCCAGUUGAUUAUUUA